GUAUACCGACAAUUUGACGCUCUGUGACGAUUAGACAAAAGGAAGAACAACCUUCAUUAAACAUCAAAUAGCGCUCUGCAAAUAUUACUCUCACUUUGUUUUGACGAUUUUCGGAAAGGUGUCCGGAAAAGUGUUUGCAUUCAACAGUUGGCUCAUGGGAUGUAUAUGUUGCUUUCAGGAUAACGCACACGCUAAUUCAUUCAUUGUUAAAGAUCUUUUGUCUUUGGUAAAUCGUACAUUAUCAUUCUCCUGGUGACCAUCCCCUUUCUCUGACAGUUCGGUUGCAAAAGACUCUGAACUUUAAACACUCGGACUAUUCUUUCGCUCUCGUUCAGUCGUGAAAACAAGUUUUUUUCGGUGUCAAAACAUUCCACUUACUGGCGAUCUCUUUGCCAGCCAGCUGAAGGGCUCUCGGAUGACGAAAUAGCAGACAUUUUGUGCCUCCGAAGUCUUUCUGGUGUCGCGUUGCUGGGUCAUGUUUUUCUAGUCACAUGAGUCAUACCGUAUACAUCACCGAGCACAUUCAUGGUGAAUGUUGUAUUUAGGGACCAGCUUUUGAUAUUGCAAACGUCAAAAAUGGCUAUUCAAAUGAAAAACGUGAAACCAUGGCGUCUCUUCGAGACCAAACCGUAUCCAACAGAGAUGGAAAGACAAGAGUCCCAUCAGCUCGUGUUGUAAGCCGUCGUUCCAGGUCAGCCUCGGCGUCAGGUCGGGCAAGGCAGUGUCAGAACAGACGCGGCGUGAGCUGUGAGAGGGACGCAAGUCUCGACCGUGACGGUCGGUUAAACGGACAUUGCGGAGUUAGACUGGAUUUAAACUGCAUCCCGAUGUUGAAGUUUUCCCCUCCAAGAGCCUCGACGCCGAAAGGCAAGGGGCAGAGUCCUGUCUCACCGCCAGGCAAAAUGGCAGGCUCGUUGAACUCUCCCUUGAGCAUGUCUAGUGCGUCCUCUACGGUGAGCUCUAGCGGAAGCUCGACGUUGAUUGGAGCGCCUCGCGCAGCAGAUGUCAUGAGAAUACUCAAUGAUUUCCGCAAGGAUUGUUUACUGAACGAUCUGAUUUUGCAGUUCUCGACUGGUGAGAUUCACUGUCAUCGACUGGUCAUGGCUGCAAGUAGUCUCUACUUUCGUGGAAUGCUUUCGAGCGAAUCAGGACGAAUAUCGCGACGGGAGAUCAUCCAAAUGCAAGGUGUCGAUAUGAACAUCAUGCAGUACUUGGUGGACUUUGCCUACACUGGAUCAAUCAGUGGAGUGAGUAGAGAUCGCGUCCGCAAACUUAAAGAACUAGCUUCCGUCUUCCGUUUCCCAGAGAUCGGUGAAGCCUGUCAUGUUUAUCUAGGGCGCUCUUUGAGAGAGAACCGUAACCGAUCGAGGACCCCGACCAGAACACCUGGAAAACAGAUCUUUUAUCCUGGAAGUGGAAGGUCCAGUAGCGGAAGCGGUUUCAGUGGUAGCGAAACAUCUGAACUGUUUUCACCAAGUCCUUUGUUGGGGGCAUCGCCGUUGAUUGAGUCACCCCAGACUGCCCCAGUGUCACCAUUCCAAGAUCAUAUAGUGACCAGUCCUAAAGCUAACGGUGCCAGGGAACUACUAGAAGGCAUAGCAAGCCUCAAUGAAGCACUGGGUCGGAAGCAUCCGGAUGCCGGUAUUCCAUUUUUACCCGAUCAUGUUACUUCGGUCAAUCGUCGAAUAUCAGCAAGUAGUAGCGAUUCCUCUAACGAUGCACCAAGCUCGGCUGCAUCAGAACUGUUUUCAUUUGAAGAUUCAUCUUUUGCUAUGAAGAUGCUUCGGGAAUUCUAUAGGAUUCGAAAGGAGGGUCAGCUGAUCGACGUUGUCCUGCGAACAGCCACUCGCGAUUUCCCAUGCCAUCGGGUCAUUCUGCAAGUCCACAGCCCAUCACUUGGAGCAAUUUGCCAAAGAGAGCUCGAUGGCUCAAAGACAAUGGACGUCUUCAUCAAGAGAAUCAACCCUGAUACGCUGCAGAAGGUUCUGAACUAUUUCUACACCGGGAAGAUAGCCAUUUCACAGCGAGACGUCAAGUCGGUAUUUAAAGCAUCCAAAAGAUUCGGUCUUGAUGCUGUACGGGAAGCUUGUACAACCCUUGAUGAAAGUAUUGACAGGAGUAGCGUCCAAACAGAUGAUUCUGGAAUAUCAGCACCAAGCUCGCCGAACUGCACAUUAGAUUCACCCGGGAUCUGAACACUCAACGGAAAGUCUGAAACAUAUUUUCAGUUCAGUGGAACUGAACAUAUAAGAUUAGAUUAAUGCUAAACAAGAUUAUAGAUGCAGUUUUGCUAGGCUGGUAUAUGGGACGGGAGUGUGGAGAGGAAGGGCUAUACGUAUAUAGGAAAGAGCAAAACAAGCAGUGGCGUAUCUCGGUUCAGAUGGGAGUACGUGCCCCAAGCGGAACUUUUAUGGAGCUCGGUCACUUCGAUCUCUCGCUUGAAUAUUUUCCUUUCAGAGCUUUAUAAGAUGUUAUCAUUUGCAAAGUUUAGGUAUCUAUUACCGUAGCUAAUAAAAAUAUGCCUUGGGUAUUUAUUUGUGGAGCAUUUCGUUAAUUCUAGUCUGAAUCUGCAAAACUAAGAAGACAGAAAACUGAUUAUUAUAUCAGGUUUUUGAUCAUCAGUACCAUUAAAUGCCUUUGCGUUUUUCGUAGCUUCAUGUGCAAAAUGCGCAAGAAAUGAUAGCGUUUUACCGAUUAAACUUUGAAUUGGUUUCCACCCUUGGUCACUUCGCCCCCUUGGUUUUAUGAUAAUUAUGUAUACUGGUAAUUGAGUGGGGCGCAAAUUCAGUGUUUGCCUGCUCACCAUCAUGCCUAGAUACGCCAUUUGCAAUGAUCCAUGAUAAUACCAAGUCCUUUUCCAGACGAUAGGACGGGGUUGCGGCGGGAACGGGUUCUACAACAUUGAAAUCUAAUGUCAAAAGCCCUUCGUGACAAAGUGGUCUUUGUCGAAAAUCGGAGAAUUGAAAAAAAAGUUUGGUCCUGGAUUCUCGACGUAUUUGCAAUUACUCUUCAGCUUAAAAAUAGUUUAAACAACGCUCUUUACUUUUUAAAUCGCACAGUAGUUGUUUAAGCAUUAUAAACAAAUGUUUAAAAUCUUAAAUAACCA